CGUGCUCACUGUCCUGAGAGAUGACAAAACACUACACCCUUUAGGAUUUUUUUUUCCCCCUCUCUCUAAAGCAGCAUUUCACAUCUGUGUCUGACAGAAGCAUGAGGAGCUGAGAGAGGCAGACCUUCAUCAUCCUUCACAGAAUAAUGUUGCACGGAUUAAAAGUUAAGACCUGAUGUCUACUGAUCCUGUAUAUUUCCUACAAAAAUCUAAAAUGUGGAGGCUACCAAAAUGUGUAGGAAAAUAACUUUUCAGUGUUGGAAUAGCACCAGAAAUCAGAUGGAAUUUACUGGAUAUCAAAUAUUUAAAUGAUUUUUUUUAAAUGGGUGCUGAAUGCUUGAGUUAACCGGGGUCGGUGCAUUUGCCUUUUUAUUUUACAUUUUUUUUUGGUGGGGAGGGAAAGAUGCAAAGUUCACAGGUCCUUUCUGUUACCUGAUCAGGGUAGAAUUAACAAAAAUCCUGAAUGUGGAAGAACUCAAAUACUGAAGAUACCUGGAAAUAAACUGGAAACAACCAAUACCACAAGAGCAAAGCAGCAGUGAACAAGAAGAGGCUGUGGAAAAGAAAUCACAAGACGAGAGUGCACAAUGCAUUUCAAAUAGAAAAAAGCUUCCUAUCUGCUGAGUGAGUCUCAGUAUAUUCUGACAGAGCACAGAAAAAGCUUCAGUCAAGUAUCUCCUAGCUAUCUCCAAAAGGAUGCUUCUAAGUACAGAAAGCAGUAUGCAACAGUGGUGAGGUCCUGAUGACAAUACACCAAGGACAAGAAUGGAAGACAAUUUAUUCAGCAAUUCCACUGGUGUAAACAGUUCAUCCAUCAACCAUAAGCAGUUAGAAGGGCAUAGCCUCUGGGAAGUCAUUACUAUUGCCACUGUAACUGCAAUUGUAAGCUUAAUAACUAUAGUGGGAAAUAUUCUUGUAAUGAUAUCCUUUAAGGUUAACAGUCAGCUCAAAACUGUCAACAAUUAUUACUUGCUCAGCCUUGCCUGUGCAGAUCUCAUCAUUGGGAUAUUUUCUAUGAACCUUUAUACAUCCUAUAUACUCAUAGGCCAUUGGACUCUUGGAAGCCUUGCCUGUGACCUGUGGCUAGCACUGGACUAUGUAGCUAGCAAUGCCUCAGUGAUGAACCUCCUAGUCAUCAGUUUUGACAGAUAUUUUUCCAUCACAAGGCCUUUAACCUACAGGGCCAAACGCACACCCAAAAGAGCUGGCAUCAUGAUUGGUAUGGCUUGGCUGAUUUCCUUCAUGUUGUGGGCACCCGUAAUAUUGUGCUGGCAGUAUUUUGUGGGUGAACGAACAGUACCACCUGAAGAGUGCCAGAUACAGUUUCUGUAUGAACCCAUUGUUACCUUUGGUACUGCAAUUGCCGCUUUUUACAUCCCAGUGUCUGUGAUGACCAUUCUGUACUGCCGCAUUUAUAAAGAGACGGAGAAACGCACCAAGGACCUCGCUGAACUGCAGGGCUCAGAGUCUGUGGCAGAGUUUGAGACAAUAAAGCCUCAGAAAACUCUCCUGAAGUCUUGCUUCAGUUGCAAGCAACAAAACUUAGUCAAAAGAGAGAGGUGUCAGGCUUCUUGGUCUUCAUCUAGUCGUAGUACGUCAGCUACAGUGAAAGCAUCCCAGGCAGCGAGUACUUGCAUGGACUGGGCUAAGGCUGACCAGUUAACCACCUGCAGCAGCUACGCCUCGUCAGAAGACGAGGAUAAACUUGCCACUGACUCCGUUUUCCAAGUAACUUACAAAAGCCCAUCUAAAAGUAAGGCAGAAGAGUAUAAUGAAACUACCGAUGUUGUUGUCAAAGACCAACCUGAAGAAAGUGAUUUUGAGAACCAGAAAUACUUUUUGUCACCUACCAAAGAACAUGUACAAAAAAGUAAAAAAUGUGUGGCCUAUAAAUUUCGUUUGGUGGUUAAGGCUGAUGGCACCCAGGAAGCCAACAACGGUUGCCGAAAAGUAAAAAUAACUCCUUGUUCUGCUACUCUGUCAAAGGACCCUUCCAUCAAAAGCAUGGAUCCAAAUAUAAAUAGCCAAAUCACCAAAAGGAAACGGAUGGUUCUUAUAAAGGAACGCAAAGCAGCACAGACUUUAAGUGCCAUCCUUUUGGCUUUUAUCAUCACAUGGACUCCCUACAAUAUCAUGGUUUUGAUCUCCACAUUUUGCUCUGACUGCAUUCCCCUGACACUGUGGCACCUUGGAUAUUGGCUAUGCUAUGUGAACAGCACUGUUAACCCCAUGUGUUAUGCCCUCUGUAAUAAAACUUUCAGGAAGACUUUUAAGAUGCUGCUUUUCUGCCAGUGGAAAAAGAAAAAAGUGGAAGAGAAGCUAUACUGGCAGGGCAAUACCAGACUGCCAUAAUUGUUCUUGUAUAAGAAAUAAGAGGAAAUAUAGAUAUUGAUGUAACCUAGCAAAUUCUGUCUUUUCAAAGCCAUUGCUGUUGUGUCCAGUGGUUACAAAAAUCUGCUGAAAAGUAAAAUUUUGCAUGAAAGUAGUGUGCUUGGGAUAAAAAGUCAGUGGCUGCUAUAAACAACACAGGUUGUUUUUUACUAUGCAGUAGAAUUGCAUUACAAUUAUUGUGUUUGGUGUCUUAUGUCCUUUCUUUCAGCCUGAGAAUAGGUGGAAUAAACUAUAAACUACUGGAAAUUUGACUGAGAUGAUCACCCAGUCAUCAGGUUAGGUCAUUCAGUCUGUCUUCCUGUAGAGCAGAACUGUUUCUUCCAAUAGUUCUUUGCUAGUGUAUUGUUUAUUUAGUUUUUCGAUGCAUCAAGCAAUGCAGCCUGUGCUACUUCUGUUUUGAGGCUUUACCAUCAGCUGUUGAGAUGAAACAAGGACUGUCUAAAGGGUUAAUGCUGUCAUCCCCAGUACCAAACAGCUAGGGAGAAUCAUAAUGCUCCAAAUGAACACACACAUUAUAGGAGAAUGUAAUACUGAGGAAAUUUCCACUUUAAGGCUGACUCUUGUGGAGACUUAGGAAGGGCUCGAGGUGGAAGGACUUACAGUGGAGGAAAUAGAUAAUGUGUUUUGUACAUGAUGAAGCCAGUCCCAAUAUCCAUUCAAUCAUGCAUGUCGCUGUCAUUUGUAAAAAUUGUGAAGGUUAGAAGACACCUCUGAAUUUCUCCAGUUCCCAAUACCUAUGAAGGAAAUUUUAAAAUUUUAUUCAACAGUGACAAAUGGUACAAAUCAGAACUGGCUGUAAAGCAUAAUGGAUGUAGUCUAUCUACAACACAUUUUUUGCAAUCUCCUUUGUUGUGCUACACCUUGCUCCAAAAGUUUCUAUAACAUUUACCUAUAUGUAAACAAUGAGAGAAUUGGCAUCCUUUAAAGAGGAAAGAUUUUUUAAGCACCCUUUUAAUGUUUCUGUAAAACUAUUUAAAACAUUUUAUAUUCUUUGUCUUUAAAUAGCUUUACAAGUACUAGUCAACAUCAGGUGCUUGGAAAUGUGAGUUAUCUUCAGGCACUCGCUUUUGGUCCAGCAAAACCCCAUCUGCUACAGUGGCUGGAGUCAACUCCUGUGGUGGCUGUGGCUUCUGGGACUGGGUUGUACUGGCCUAGUUACGAGCUGAGACUCACCACUAGUGGAGAUUUGAGAGGGCUUUUGGUGCCAGAGCUGAACUGGCUGUGCCUGCCCGAUGUCUGUGUUAGAUUGGCAGGAGCCCUGCAGCACUGACGAGCAAGAGGGCAAGCAAGGGGCUGCCUUCAGCAGGAGGCCUUUGGAAUGGAGCUGGUGACCUGGCUCCUGGUGGUGGGAACAAACAAUAAACAUCCUGAGAAAGCAAAGUUAAUGGCAACAGAAGUCAUGAGGUGUGGAAGUCCUAAAGAAAAACUUUUAUAAAGAAAUGAGAAAGAUCUUCAUGUACACAAAGUUCAAAUUCACUUCUAGGCUUUCUAUCAAAUUCUGAGUGAAAUACUUUGGAAUAUUAGUUUGAGACAAUCUUCAUACUGUAUCUACUAUACUUUAGUGGGACAUUGCAGUGGUGACAUUACCCAGUUGCACAUUUCAGGGAUGGUAUAAGUCAUCAUGAAUGUACCAUUGCUCUCAGUGAAAUUGUUUGUAUAACAUAUUAAAUUAUCAUAGCAUCAGAAUGUUUUCCUACAGAUAGAUAAAUCCUCCAUGUCAACAAUCACAGUACAAGUAAUUAGCAGUUUUUAGCCCCAGUGUCCACAGGGAGAUAUUUUGUCAGUGAAAGAUUAGCAGUGUACUAAUGUAAAAAAUUGUUCUCUAACUUCACGUGACUGAUUUUGUAAUGCACCUACUGGGCCUAUUAUUUUUGUGCAUUAGCAUAUGAUUCCUUAUGAAAGGAAAGCAGGGGUCUUUAUAAAACUUUUUGUCAGCUUUGUUCUGUCACUAUCCAGAGCUUUUCCUGUGUACAGUAAGUAUGUUCAAAUUGGUUAUUAGAGUGGGUUUAUUUCAUAUUAAAUCAGACCAGUCAUUCAGUAAACUGUGUUUGAUUUUUAGCAAAUGAAUGUGACUCUCCUAAAAGCUGUAGUUUAAGGCAAAAUCUAUGAGGUAGUAACAGUUCCUGCUAGCUGCAAUGUUAUUCUUGAAAUGAAGCAUUGGCUCUUACUGAAAUUAAAUGAGGUAUUUUUUGUUGUUUUUAACUUCUGUUGAUCAAGAAUGUUCUGUAAAUGUUUAUGGACUCUCUGCUCAGUAAAUGUAUUAGAUACACAGUGAUGGAUGCAACAAUGUUGGUUCAAUGUAAUUGUAAAAUAUGUGCUCAAAUAAUGCUGCUAGCACCUAACCAUGUGAGAGAUUACAUGGCCACACAUGAGUACAUUGUAAAUAUCAAGAAUUAUAUAAAGAGAUGUGUGUUACUUUAUUGUUAUGUAGAAUGCUUAUUCUUAAAAAAAAAAAUCAAAACCACAAAAAGACAAAUGUGGUCCUUAUCAGAGUAUCAGUUGAUUGUAUUUUGUACCUUUAAAAAGUGUUGUGGGAUUUUUGCAGUGUAGGACAAUCUUGUUAUCUUGUUAUCUGUCCUUUUAAUGACAUUUUUACUGAUCCUGUAAUUGAUUAUUGCCAUAGACUAAUGAAAUGUUUUUUGUAAAACUCCAUUUUGGUUGUAGGUAAUUUCAUACACAUACAUAUAUAUAGAUACAUAUGUAUCAUCAAUAUAGAUGCAUAAAUACACAUCCCUAACUAAGCUUUUCAGAGACCCAGCACCUUUUAUAUUUUCAAGUAUUGAAUUUGCCCACAAACUUGGGGUAUGAUUUUUGUCUCUCCCUUUUGAUAUAUGCCGGCAUCCCUACAUAUUUCAGAUCCCUAUAAUUUAUCAACUUACAUUCAUUUUUUGCAAAUAUAAUUUAUGUUUGUGGAGAAAUACUUGGAAGAGUUCCCAGAAUUUUUUAACAGAUGUAGAACACCUGGAUACAGUAGUGCACUUCUGUGACUACUUAGAGUGAAGAGCUUUGCAAAGGACAGCUCCUGUAAUGUUCCUGCAGCUGCUGGGUAGUUAGUGGCUUCUCUGUUUUGAAACACAGGCUAAACCUCAACUCUAGGAAAACGAUGCUGUGUCUUUUCACUUCACUACUUGGCUUUACCCUUAGUGAGUCAGUAAGAGGCCACUCUGUUUCUUGUGUGGUCUCCCCCAAAUCUCUAUUGCUGCCUUUUGAACUCUCAAAGAAAUGUUCUUCCAUGUACAUUUGACAGUUGAGUCUCAUAAAACCUUUAGAUUUAAUAAGAUUCUUGUUUAUAAUUUUUUUAAUAGUUACCCCAUAAGUAGGUAAUACAAUUAAAAAUUGGUAACAUCAUGUUGUAAAACAGGAGAUAAGCUGUGACUAUUAGUGGUUUCAGAAAGAAAUGGUGUUAAAAUUGUUUUUUCCAUCUUGGUAAAUGUAUUUUUUCAUUAUUAAGGAACUUCAGUCUUUGUUACGCUCACUAAAAGCACUGCUUUUUACUCAGCAUUUUUGCCAUUGGUCGCUAAAUGUCACUAGUUUCUUCAUGUAUCUGCUGAUAUACCAAAGUCAGUUCUCCUCAAAUAAACCAAACAUUUCAAAUCCUUUACAAGUUUUCCUCUCAACAGGUCCUUCUCCAGACCCUGAUUGCUGAUGUCUUCUGUUUCUGCUGACCUCUUACACUGGAGGGGUUUUACUGAAUUCCUGGAUUACGAUGCCAAGAGAGAAGCUGAAGUACAUUUUAAUCCUUACAUGCAGCAGCCACCUAGAUGCAGUGGAGGUCAGAUAGUUGUUUUUAGUUUCUGCUGCCCAUAAGGCCUCCUUUAAGUGUGCAGUUCAUCAGGUAGCUGUAGGAGGAAGAGUGGAGAGAGGGUACAGUGGAGGGUUCCAUAUGUGGAACCAGGCUGGAUUCAGCUCUGCAGCCCCCACUCUGUGGCCUGAUGCCUUUUGAAACACCGAAGACAUUUGCGUGCCUGAAGAAAUAUUUAUUAAUUCUAGUAGGAGAAAAUGAGGCCAUGCAGCUAAAGUUGUUAAUUUUUUGAUGCAGUGUAUUGCAUCAAUAGAUUAACAACAUUAGUCAGCUGGCCCCUUAAACCACUUUGUCAUACUUUUAAAUCUAUGGUUAACACACAAAAAAUAAGGUUACCUGCAAGUUUGGGAAAUCAGAAGCAAAAGCAAGCACCUUCUCAUAUGAAAAUUUGAUUAUUUUAAAAGACAAAUAGUAAAUAAAUUCUGAGUUGAUUAAUGUGGUAUUGUAUGUGAGAGUGUGCUUACAUUUCAUGCAGUUGACAGUAUAAGGUCAAAUGCAGCAGCAGAGAUAAAGAAAACUAUUUCAGUGCUAUUGUUAGGAGAUUGCCUGGUUAAAGUGGAACAUGCCUCCCAUUCACAGGUGCUUAGAGCUGGAACCUUGUCACUUACUCAUUUUGGAAGGGUAUUUAUUUGACCAAAUAAAUUUGUUUCCGCAGCUACUCCUGGGAAGACCCUCCUUCUUUCCUAUACUGGAGGAGGCAGUAAAAUCAGGAAAGGCUGAGAGCGUAGGGGAAAUGUGAUUGCCAAAAGAACUUAGGAGUGGGUAGAACAGAAACCCCACGUUUCGGCCUGUGAUUUCACUGAUUCAGUGAUGAAAGCCAGAUGCCUUCAACGUUGUUCUGGGUCUCUGAUGAUCAAGGCUCAGCAAUGGAAAGAAAACAAUCUGUUCAGUUAAAAUAGUCUUUUGCUAAGGAAUUAUGAAGUAAAGUUAAUCUACUUCUAAAGCUUCCAUACUGGUGGGUGUUCUAGAAUAUUCUUACUUAUUUUCAUCCAGUACUUAAUCCCUAGCCCAGCCCCAAUAGUCAUUUCCAUCCAUACUUAGUUUAGAAGUGUGGAAUGUAGCUCAGUCCCUGAGUUCGAUUAAAUGCCUCAGGUAUUUGCUGGUACACUUCUUGAGUUUUUAUUACAUUUUAAAUCUAAUUUUUUGUAUUGGAAUUCAGUGCAUAGGUUUGUAAGGCUCCAGUUAAUCCUAGAGUCCCUCCAGAACUGGGCAGCUGGAUUUGGUCUGCUGGCGCCCAAGUUAUUCAUACAGGUGAUUUGCAGAGUCCUUACCUACAAAACCUUCUAAAACAAACUAAGGGUGUGCUGCAGAGAGGGUUACCUGCCUCUUUUGAUCAAAUGCAGCCUGUGGACUCUCUCUUCCAAGUUCCGUGUCAAGGUUGCUAAGAACACAUUUUUGAAAGGUAUGUGAGCAUCUGGCUAUAUGGCCAGGAAUUCUAACAAAAGCUGUAUGAGACUGGCAGCACUCAGGUGAUUUUCUUGUAUCCUCAUCACAACUUGGGAGGAAUUAUGCAGGAUUAUCAGAUGAUUAUCUGAUUAUGCAGAACCCACAUUAAAUUGACUCGAUGAUAUAAACUCAAUCUAACCAUUUCUUCCCCUAUCACCCUUCUGUCUUUGAUCACAAAUUCAGGGGGAAAAAAUCAGAUGCUGCAAAACUGGCAUGUGUGCUAUGUUGGCUUCACCCACAUCAUGUAGCUGUAUCUCUUUCUAAAAAUGCUGCAAUGCAUCAAGCAAAAUAAAAAUUGUUUUCUUGUCUUUUCUGCUUCCAAAAUAGUUUCUCAUCUUUAGCAAUUGUGACAAUUUUGGUUCUUUCAAAACACAAUAGAAUUUAUUUUC